AGAGAAAUUUUUAAGAUGGCGGACAGAUUGAGACGAUUGACUUAUUAUAACAGUGUUGUUAAGGCGUAGAUUUACCUUUAAUUUUCGAUAUGGACUCGCAAGAUUAACUUUCAAGUCUCUCAUGGUAUUGAUACCCAGAUAAAAUGGAGACAGAACAAGAGAAAGGCCCAGUGAGUAUAGUUCGUGUUUUAUGUCAAAACCUGAAGCUAUGUUAAAGUAAGCACGAGUGAUGAAUCCAUGCACGUGCUUUGCUAAACCUGGUUUUCAUAUGUUAAGAAAAACCCAGACGGUCAGCGAUAUCACCGUUUCACAACCGUCCCAUGAUUUGCCGAAAUAUUGAGAGAUCGACACACUACUUUCCCACAUAAUUUCGCACGACAUUUUUAUUUGUGACUCGGCGGCAUUGAAGCCAAACGACUAAAGGAAUGGAUUAGACUAGUAAAGAAAAUAGAAACGUUCUCAAUUUUCCCGAUUUGUCGCUGACCAGCUCAGACAGUCAGCGAUUCCAACGAUUUCAUUUGUGGGAAUAAUCAGAGACAGUUGGGGAACACUGAAAUAGAAAACCUGACACAUGAAAACCAGGCCCUAGAUUAUCACCAAACAAGAUCUUAUUUAUGUAAGAUCUUAUUUUAUCUUAUUGCGAUCAUGGUAAUCCCAAUGUUGGACAGAAUGGCUUAUUGUUAGAUAGCUAUCCUCGAUGGCUGUAUGUUCUGUGCAUGUAUAGCUGUGCAUAUGGACCAAGGCAUGUUAGUUUACACAAACAGGACUUAUGACACUAGAAUGACAACAACUAUUCACUUGAUUCAGAUGAUGACUCCCUCUUAGGGUGUUGAAAUGUCAGUCACCACUACCCACAACCAUCCUGUUAAUGCUUUGGAUAAACUCAUGGAACAUUAAUCAGCACACUCAUUUAUUUCAAUCACUUCUGUUCCAUAUAAAGCAAAAGGUCAACUGAAGUAAAUCACAAAAUGCUAACUGAUCCACUGUACUUACAAACCUGAAGUAAUAUUGAAAAGGGAAACAAUGUAAAAUGAAUUUACUUACCAACAUUCAUGGUUCUAGUUGUCAUGAGGAUAUCUAAACAUGCGAGAUCACUAACUCAACUAUGACCACAGUAAAGAGUUUGCUAACUCAACUGUGGUCACAGAAAAGAGUUUCAAAGCUGACAGUUUGUGCGUUAGCUUUGAUGAAGGACUAAAACUCAAAACAUCAGCUUUGAAACUCUUAAAGGUGGCCAAUUUACACAUCAACUCAGUUGAUACUACUGAAUUACCCUGUUGUACUUCCCUACUGAUGCAGCACCACAGUUUCUUUAGAAACUUAGCCCCUUUAAUCAUUCACCAAUCAAGGUACAUAUACUAUAGUAUGAUAAAGACUUAAUGACAUCAUUGUAACACAUCCUUCUCAGAACCACUCUCACCUGAACAAUCAGACUACAUGUAGCUGUACAUUCAAAUGUUAUUCCUGUGAUUAAACCUGAAUUGAACUAAGGUGGGUGUUGGUAAGCUGAUAUUAACUUAAAAACUUCAUGUUUUAGCCUGAAGAAAGGCAGCAAUGGAAACUUGAAAAGGACUCAGAAUUACGUAUCGAAAUCCCUGAGGGAAAAGGAAAAGCACAACUUGUGGUAAGCAAUGCAACUGUUCAUGUAUAUACAAAGUAAGACAAUCGAGUAGUCUUGAUGGUCAAACUGUCAUGCAAUUUGCAUACUGUGUUCCUACAUGAGUACUCAGUGUGUCAAAAGUUAGAUAGUAAAAGUCAAAUUUCUGGCACUGGAGAUGUGAGAUAGCCUGGCCUCUAAAACUCAAAACAAGGUAAAAUUCUGAAAAAAAAACAAUGAGUGAACUAGCAUUGGCAGGACUUCUCAGUGGGGCUGGCAGUGAAGGGAUUAAAGAGAGAGUAUUGAUUUGACAGCUAUUCUGGUAAAGCUGUGGUGGCAGGCCUGUGCACAUACAAGACUAAAAUCCAAGUCAUAAACAACAUUUGAGCUUUCAUUCAAAAUGGUAGAAUUCUUUUUUUACCAAAUACCCUGCACAAACAAGAAAUUAAAAAAAGGUAGCCUAGGAGACAUUGUUUAGAUUUGAAGAAAGAGUCUGCCUGAAGGAGAUUUUUCUGCUUAAAGGAACCUGAUAACAUAAUUCUCUUCCUCAAUUUUUAACCUUUUAACUCCCAUGAGUGACCAUGUCAGAAUUUCUCCUUACAAUAUCAAUACAAAUCAAGUAGACAAGUGAUAAGAAUAAAGAAAAAUAUAGAUUAGGGGAUUAUAAGUUGAUCCAAUACCAAAUCCUCCAAAUUAACAUCAUAAGAACUGUAUGGCAGACAGUAAGGAGAAUUAAUAAUGAGAUCUUGGGGGUUAAAGGGUUAAUUGGUUUCACAUUUCAUCAUGUUUUGUUAGUUGAAGUCACUUUUAUCUUUGAGCAAAGGAUUCAAAAACAAUCAAUGCAAAAUUUACAGAUGUUUUUCAAUUAGUUACAACAAUAAAAAUUUAGAUGUUAUUACCAUCACCUAAAUAAUUAAUAUGCAAUUAAUUAACCCAGCCUUAAACUUCCACAAGUGAUUAAUAUAAAUUAACUUUGUAUAAUAUCCAUGCAUUAUCCUGCAAACAGGUAAUGAGAAUAUUCAAACUUAUUAGGUAGAAGUUGUUGUUUUGAUCUAACACCAAAUUCUCAUAACUAAUAAUAUUAUUCUCACGGAGAUGUGUGACAGCUAGAGGGGAGAAUUAACAAUCAGAUCUUGGGAGGGGUUGAAUUAUUAUCUCUCUGCUUCGGUUUUUGUCAGUAUCUUUAAAUAUCCCAUGAUCUUGGUGCUGGGAGCUAGUCAGCUGCUGGUAUAUUCACUAAGCCUUUACCAGAUAAAGGCAUGUUGAAAAAUAGAACCCCAAAAGUAUGCAGGAAGGUGUAGCUCCACUUUUUAUUCAUUGAAUGUAUACAAGACAGUUUUCUUUUCCUUUACUCAUUGUAGCUGCUACAAGGUCAAGGUGAGGUGUUUGGAACUGAACUGGUGAGAAACAAGAAGUUCACUUUCAAAGCUGGAUCAAAUGUUGCAAUUUUUACUUGGCAUGGUUGCACUGUAGAAAUAUCCUUUCCUAUUUGUACUGAUCUUUGAUCUAGGCUCCAAAUUCAAUGAAGCCAGUUGGUGACUCACAUAUAAGAUGAUAAAGGGUCAUCAGAGAGAAGUUAUAUGCAAAACUCUUAUAAUUGUAAGUCUCGUAAACUGAGCAUGAAAAUUGCAUAAACAGAUUCAAUCUUAUACUCUUGUGCUGAGACUGUUAAUGUUUUGUUCUCACUUAUUUAGGGUUUGUCAUUUAAACUGUUGAUUUUGAUGUUGCAAACUGCCGCUUCUGUUAAGUACCCAUAAAAUUAAUUGUCCCUCUAAAUAGAAUUUACUCCUUGUUCUCUUUUCACUAACUGUGAACAAUUUCGAAUAGAAUGUACAUGUAUUAGGGCACAUCUCAGCUGCUUCAUUUUUUUCACAAUUCUGGUAGAAGCAUGCUGCCAUACCUCCAGUAGGUGAUGCUUGGGGCAUCUCACUCUUUGCCAGCAAAUCAAAUUGAGAGCUCUUUAGGUGACACCAGAGAAAGAGAGGGGAAGGAGCAUUGCACAGUGUGAUUUUAAGUACUCUUCCAUUGAUCGCACAGUUUGUCUUUGAAAAUGCAUGCAUCAUAGCUGAAUACAUGGCUGACAAUCUGAGGCUUAAUACUUGGGAAAGCUACAUGAAAGAGGCAAUUUUAAUGAAAGAAAGCAACAGAGUAUUCAUAUUAUAGUAUGAAAAUGUUUCUCUCAUAUUAGACCAUAAUUCCCAAAUUAGAAAAAUAGGGGUAUUUGCAUUCAGUACAUUCAAUUAUUUGCACAGUUAGGUUUCAUAACAUUUCUAACUGUGUUUUCCAUAACCACAUUCAAAUCUCUGGUCCUGUUGAUGCAUAUGUCUCUAAAGAGACACCAAUGGUAAUGUACUUGAAUCUUCACAUGGGACUGGAACAGAUGAGACAGAAGGCUGAAGCUGUUGAUGAACCAGAGACUGGUCCAAGGGUGAGUCCUCUUCACCCAAUUAGCCUUUGACCCUAAAGAGUAACUUAAGAAAUUAUGUUUUGCAUUGCAGCUUACAAAAUUUCAAAAAUAUAUAAUAGGCAAGCCCUGGAUGUUAGUAAGGAAAGCUCAUGCAUUAUAACUGAAAAAAAAGUAUAGAAAGUUGUGAAAGAUGUGAUUAACCAUUUAACACUCAGAAAUGAUCAACAAGUAACUUCUCCCCGUAAUACCCUUGCAUUAACCAGCAAGCGGGUAAUGAGAAUACUCAAAUUUAUCAGGUAGAAGUUGUUAUCUUGAUGUAACACCAAAUUCUUGUGACUAAUUUACAAGGAAUUGUGUAGUAGCUAGAGGGGAGAAUUAACAAUCAGAUCUUGGGAGUUAAAGGGGUUCAAUAGACAAAUGGAUAAAACUGUAUAAUUAUUAUUAUUCUUAAUAAUUGAUACCCAGGUGAUGGUUGCUGGCCCAGUUGAUGUUGGGAAGUCAACACUGUGUAAACUUUUGUCAAAUUAUGCUGUUAGACUGGGAAGAAGACCAGUAUUUGUUGAUCUGGAUGUGGGUCAGGUAUGAAGUACAGUACUUGACUAAAUUAAAAUUUUUAAAGAAAGAUAUGCAUUGUUAUUAAUCAGUCAGAGUACAUGUACUUUCACAAACUCAAGACACAUGUAGUUUUGAAGAGUUUUUGUGUCAGUGGAAUUUCAGUUGGUUAUCUGGAAAAGUAUGAUAUUGAACACUAACUCUUUAAUUCCUAUGAGUGACCAAGACAUAAUUUCUCCUCACAAUAUCAAUCAUGCAAGUGAUGAGAAUAGACAAAAAUGUCAAUUUGGGGAGUUUAGUUGCUCUAAUACCAAAUUAAAUUCUCCAAACUAAUUUCAGCAGAAUUGUAUUGCAGAGGGUAAGGAGAAUUAUUAAUAACAUCUUGGGACUGGAAGGGUGAAGGACAAUCUUGUAAUUUGCCUGGGAAUGGAAUGUUAUGUAUAUUUUAGUCAGAGUAACUUUUUUUUUAAUAUGGUAUGUUGUUGUACAUAAAUCUCUGCAAACUCAAGAGAGUUAUUUCCAAGCAAGUACUACUACAUGACUUUUUAAUAAAAUUGUGUUCUCCAAGUAUUAUUUCAAAGAUCCCUGCAUUUUUUUUUCCAUGUAGGGUUAUAUUGGCAUUCCAGGCACUAUGGGUAAGUACAGUGAGACUAUUUUGUAUACCCUUUCUCAUUUUAUUUAGAUUCUUGACUGCGCAUUGAAAUUUUAUGGACAGUGAACAUAUGUGUAGCAGACCAGAUAACCUCCAAGAGUGAAAAGGUUAAUCUUGAGUCGUUGGUGUCAUGAUUGUUGAGCAGGAAUUGAGGCUUGAUUUUUCUCCCAAGUUAUAUGAUCCAAAAUUUUUGAGACAUGAUUUCUGAAAAUAAUUUGAUGAAUCAAAUGAACAUACAUACCUAAUUUACUUUCUUUCAAAUAGGUGCUCUUUUAAUUGAAAGACCUGCUGACAUUGAAGAAGGUGAAGUAUUCCUUUUUAAAUCAACCCUUUUACCCUCAACCCUUUAACUCCCAGAAUUGAUUAAAAUGUGACUUCUCCCUAUAAUUUCCACAUUAUUUUUAGCAAAUGGUUAAUGAGAAUACUCAAACUUAUCAGGUAGAAGUUGUCAUCUUGAUCUUUCAUCAAAUUCUCACAACUAAUCGACAAGGAAUUGUGUAGCAGCAAGAUAGGAGAAUUAACAAUCAGAUCUUGGGAGUUAAGGGUUAAGAGUGUUCAGCAUCUAAUUUCUAUGUACAAUAUCACCCCUGAAUCAUGUGUUAAGGUCAUGAGAAAAAAGGAGAUGAUCACCAACUCAAAAAACCUUCUGAUUGUUAAACAAAUUCUCCCUGUAAGUAACUGUACUUUUGCAAGGAAAUGUAUAGAGAACAGUAUGGAGAAUAUGCAUACUGAUGUUAGGAUGGACAGGGUUAACAUUAUUAAUUGUAAUUUUUAGAUUGUUUCAGUCAAGACUUACUAUAAUUGUUAUCAUGAUAAAUUUGUGACAUUAUGCAGCCAAGUUUAUAGCAAAUACUUGUUUUCUGGGAAUUUCAGGAUUUCCACUUCAAGCGCCACUAGUUUAUCACUAUGGUCACGUGUCACCAGCUCCCAGUGAAAAGCUUUACAACAAGAUAUCCAGCAAAAUAGCUGAAGUCACAAAAGAGAGGUUUGAAAAGAACAAGAAGGGUAGGUGUGCUUCAUACAUGUACAGUACAGUGUACAUGUAGUUAACCAGUAAGUAAAUAAGCCAGUUACUCCAGUGCAGAUACUGUACAUGAACAUGCACAAUAAAUGUUGACAUCGAAUCCUUUGGUUUUUGCAGGUGCUUGAAUUUCUGUUUAUUAGCUUCUUGAAACAAAUUUUAAUUGCAAACAACCCCUUCUAGAGUUUCUUCAGUGAGCCAAAUAAAACACAACAAGACUAUUGUUACUUUUUUCAAGUUUUCCUGUUGUCAAAAUUUGGAAUACUAAAAUGAUAAAAAGCUCAUUUUCUUGCAUUUAUUAUAAAGCACAACGGCUGAACAAGAAGUUUGAAUUAAUAAGCUUUGCUUUUAGUUUAAAGCAAUGGUUUCAAACAGCUGUAAUCCAACAAGGUCAUCAAUAUAUGGCAACAUGAUUACAUCAAAGAAAGAUACAAAAAGCAAUAUUUACUCACAAUUGCAUGAGUAUUAAUACACAAACCUACUUUCAAUGAGAACCAGGCCUCCCUGAAGUAGAUGGUUUGGUGUUUCUGAUGCAUUCAAGGGUACUGUGCAUUAUUGUUAAAUUACUUAUUUGAUCUUGAAAUUUGACUGAAUUGUAUAUGGGUCUUGCACAAUUUGUUACAAUAACUGAUCUGGGAUCAUAUGAACUGGGGUUUGUCUCGUUGCAGCUCGAGUCAGUGGAUGUAUUAUCAACACCUGUGGCUGGGUGACUGGAACUGGUUAUAGAAUUCUGGUGCAUGCUGCUGAAGCAUUUGAAGGUUAAGAACAAUUUUUAAUUGAGGGUCAAAAGUAAUCAGGGACUGAUUUGGUUUAACUUAACUUUAUUCUGUAUUUAGUUCAGAGAAUUUGCCCCAUCCCAGGCCUCCUGAACAAUUAUUGGAAGCAAAUUUAGAUUAAAAACAAUCACAACUUGGUCACUAAAAAGAUAUAGAAAGUUGUGAUGUGAUUAACCAUUUAACACUCAGAAGUGAUUAACAAGUUACUUCUCCCUAUAAUAUCCUUACAUUAUCCAGCAAGCAGGUAAUGAGAAUAUUCAAACUGAUCAGUAAGAAGUUGUUAUCUUGAUCUAACACCAAAUUCUUGCAACUAAUUUACAAGGGAUUGUGUAGCAGCUAGAAGGGAGAAUUAACAAUCAGAUCUUGGGAGUUAAAGGGUUAAAAGGGAUGAAUUUCUUGGGUUGGAAUUGGUAUUGGUAUUGGAGCUUCUUCUCACUCUGAGUUCUUAUUGGCUAAUGAUAAUGUAAUCAUUGUUCUGGUUGGUUUCUGCGAUUACUUUGGUUUUAGUUCUCCAACACUCAUUGAAAACUGCUCUUGUGUGUUAAUCCUCGAACAGGUUCUUGUGAUAGGUUUUCAGUGGUUGUUGUUUUGCUUAUAUUUGGAUUUUUUCGCUUUUAGUGAAUGUCAUUGUUGUUCUUGACCAAGAGAGACUUUAUAAUGAUCUAAAGAAGCAGUUUGGCAGCAAGGUUCAGAUUGUGCAUCUACCAAAAUCUGGUGGGGUAAGUGACCUGUCUAAUCUUUAUAGAAAUUGUUUAAAUUAUGACCCCAAAAAUUCUUUUUGAAAAUAUGGUGCAUUUAAGCUGUGAGCUGAAGUAAAAGUGAGUAAAACCUUGUAUCUCUAACUUGUAGGUGGUGGUAAGAAGUCAAGAGACUCGCAGAGAAACAAGAGAUAACAGAGUGAGAGACUACUUUUAUGGAAUUAACUCCAGUUUUUAUCCGCAUAUUUUUGAGGUCAAAUUUGCAGACAUAAAGAUCUACAAGAUUGGGGGUAAGUAAAUUUUAAUUUUGAAUUUCCUUACUUAUCACACAAUAAGGUCACAAGAAUAAAGGAAAUGAUCAACAACUGAAAGGAGCUCUUGAUUGUUAGACAAAUUCUCCAUAUAAGUUCUGAAGGAAAUGUAUAAAGAGCAGUAAGGAGAAUCAGCAUACUGAUAUUGGCCAGUGUUAAGGGUUGAAAAUAUUUUUUUUGUCCUUUUUAGUUUGCCUGCUAACCAGUUUCAUUUGCUUUCAUUUCUGAAACAUUUCAGCCCCUGCUGUUCCUGAUUCAUGUCUGCCACUUGGAAUGGCUCCAGAUCAGAAUGAAACCAAACUGGUCCCAGUUCAACCAGGUACAACUAUUACAGAUCAUAAGGUCUACAGUCACAUAAUGUAAAUUUGUCAUUGUAAAAGGAUUAAAGUAUGUUACAAUAGAAACAGUUGUAACAAAAAUGUGUUAUCAAUUGAAAUGAAACAAAGAUUGUGGAAAUUGCAGAGAGCAACUACCAUGAUAGGUACCAAACUGGAAAUGAUUGAGGCACCUUGUCCACUUGAGAUGGCUUCAUUUUUCCUGUAACUUUUUUUUUAAGAGUACUUUUUGCUAUGUAAUGUGCUUAAUCCACUAUACUUGUACAGUUAAGUUCACAGGAUGUUAGGUUUGUCCCUUUUUCUAUAAUUUAGGGACUACAAAUUUAUGAAAAUGCUCUCCAACUGUUCAAAUAACUGUGCAAUAUUGUGUGAUAUUUUUGUUAGAUAUGUUUAUUAUUUGUACUCUACUUAGGGUUGUCUUAUAAUGAAACAUGUUCAUCCCUACUUAAACCACUUUCUCCCAAAUCUUCAAUUCCUUUAUUAAGAAAACUUGUAAGGAGCAAACUUGCAAUAGGGUUCAUGCCCAUUCCAUCUUAUGGAAUGGGCGUGAGGUUGAAGUGAGUACCUAAACAUUUAUUGUAAUGUAGUUUUCUAAACUGGAGGAAAGGAGCACGGACUGAUAACAAAGGACCGAUAUGAAUUCUUCCAACCCAUAUUUUUACAGGACGUGAUUUGAAGCACUGUGUGUUGGCAUUGAGCGCUGCUGAAUCACUAGAAGAAGACUUAGUUACAACAAACACAAUAGGAUUUGUUGUGGUGUAAGUACAAAAUUAUAUACCUGGAUUGCUUUUCACUAGAAUUUGAACAAUCCUAUUCAGUGAAUUUAGAGUCUGUUUCAAUAUUUCACAGUUUAGUAUUAAACAAUUAUUGUAGUACAAGCAUUUACAGAGUAAGCAAAAAUUUUGUUUUGUUUUGUUUACAUUCACAGAGCCUCAUUCCUUUGUCUCAUAUUUUAUGUUUCAUUGAUCCACUAUAUAUACAGUUCCUAAUUUCCUAAUUCAAUCAACACUAUCUUUUCCGCUUUACAGUAAUGAUGUUGAUUUAGAUCGUCAAAUGAUGGUGGUGCUGUCUCCAGCGCCAAGGCCACUACCAAGAAAGUUCUUCCUGCUCAGCGAUGUCAAGUUUAUGGACUUCAAAUAAUUUGAAGAAGCAUGACAUGUGUUACUGUUUCAUGCAAUUCUCAUUGACAUCAUUUAUGUUGCUUCCAAGUCCUAUUUCAGCAAUUUCAUUUGCUCAUGCAACAGCAUAUGGCCUGCAAGUACUUUGAACUCACCAGUCUGUUGAAUUGGAAUAGGAUAAUCCAUGCCAGUCUUGUUUGAGAUCUUUCUUUCCAUUUGGAACACAAUGAUGUACUUAUUGAGUGCUAACAUUUUCUCUAAUUAUGACAACCCUCAACCUUUUUAACUCCCAUGAGUGACCAAGAUAGAAUUUCUCCUUACAAUAUCAAUACAAUAUCAAGCAGAAAAGUGAUGAGAAUAAAGGAAAAUAUAAAUUAAGGGAAUAUAAGAUGAUCCAAUACCAAAUUCUCCAAACAAACAUCAUAAGAACUGUAUGGCAGACGUUAGGAGAAUUACUAACAUGAUCUUGAGAGUUAGAGGGUUAAGGGAGGAUUUAUCAUGAAGGGUGCAUUGACAUAGAUAAACCAUAGCAUCAAGAGUUCAUACCAGUCACACAUAAAAAUAGACAAAACAUAUUUCCUUUUUUAAUAGAGCUCAAACUUUUUCACCUCAGUUUCUUAAUCUACUUCCUCACACAGCUUGUUUAUUAAAGAUUGUUGAUCCUUACGGUGCACAGAAUGGAUGUCACACAUAAACAAAGUAGUUAAGCUUCAUCAGAGAGUUCACAGCAGCUCACUGGUUGAACACUGGAUAUGUGGAAUCUUAAGGUGUGAGGUUCAAUUCCCAUGCAUGUGACAAGAUGAUCUUUCUGUAAAACUUUAUGUAAGCUUUUAGGAUCUGCAUCUUUUUUAGUAUUUUCUUUUUUAACCCAAGAACUGAACACUUUUCUUCAUUAAAUUUACCUUGUAUUACAUUAUAUUACAAUAGAUUUGAAUGUAAAUUGCAAAUGGCAAACAUUAAACCAUUACAACACUUUUUAUUGAUAUUUUAUCUUAAAAGUAUUUACAAAAUUGUUUUUAAAUAUUACCUUCUCUUCCUCAUUCUAAUCACUCCUUGUCACGACUUUAAUACACGGUUUAACCCACAUGAUAAGAGAGCUAAGAAAAUUUUCUACAUUAGGGUAGGGGAUAACUGUUCAGUUUUACUGCCCUUCAACUCCCAAGAUAUAGAAUCAGUAAUUUGCCCUGCAGACUGCUAUACAUUUUCUUGGAAAUUACUGACAGAGGAGAAUUUGGUGUUACAUCUAGAAAAUAUUCCCUGCCUGCUAAGCUUGUCUAUUCUCAUAACCAAUUUACAAGGUAACAUUUUGGAAUCGGAGGAAGAAGUUGCAUGUUUAUCAAUUCUAGAAUCUGUUAGUCAAUUACCUUAUCAUGAGCCAAGGCUGUGACA